AGCCCACCAGGUGCGGCUCAGCUCCGGGGGCUACAGUAGCCCGCCGACUCCGAGCUGCGCUCCGAAACUUCCAACCUGGGUCAGCGGACAGCCCAGGGUUGGCGAGGCGGGAGGGAGUAGUGCGCCGAGCGGAGCCGGACAGAAGGGUCCCCUUCUUUUUUCUCCCCUUGAAAAGAGGAUCCACGAGGACUCCAGGCAGAAGAGACAAAGGAAGGCUGCAACCCAGAAAGGGAGCGGAAAUAGAGCGACCUGGACCCUCUUCGAUCCUUCCCUGGAACGCAGGGUUUCCUCUGCGCCCCCACCCGCCCCGUCCACGCGGAGGUCUCGGACCACGCUUAAGUCCCCUGCUCAGCAGCCCCGAUUCAAGGAAGCAUGGAAGCCCCCAGCCUCUCGGCCGCCACCCCGAGCGCCGCCCUUCUCGGGGCCCCGGAGACCUACAGCCCAACCCCAGGCCGAGGCAUCGGGUCCGCCCCUGGGGACGCGGGCCUGCCUGGCCCGGAGCCUCCCUACUCUGUCUUCACCGUGCUAGUGGUGACUCUGCUGGUGCUGCUGAUCGCCGCCACCUUCCUGUGGAAUCUGUUGGUUCUGGUCACCAUCCUGCGCGUCCGCGCCUUCCAUCGCGUGCCGCAUAACUUGGUGGCCUCGACGGCCGUUUCGGACGUACUAGUGGCAGCGCUGGUGAUGCCUCUGAGCCUGAUGAGGGAGCUGUCGGCCGGACGACGAUGGCAGCUGGGCCGGAGCCUGUGCCACGUGUGGAUCUGCUUCGACGUGCUGUGCUGCACCGCCAGCAUCUGGAACGUGGCGGCCAUCGCCCUGGACCGCUACUGGACCAUCACGCACCACCUGCAAUACACGCUGCGCACCCGCCGCCGCGCCUCGGCGCUCAUGAUCGCGCUCACCUGGGCUCUAUCCGCGCUCAUCGCCCUGGCGCCACUGCUCUUCAGCUGGGGCGAAGUGUAUGACGCCGGGCUCCAGCGCUGCCAGGUGAGCCAGGAACCCUCCUACGCUGUCUUCUCCACCUGUGGCGCCUUUUAUCUGCCUCUUGGCGUGGUGCUAUUUGUCUACUGGAAGAUCUACAAAGCGGCCAAAUUUCGCUUCGGCCGCCGGCGCCGCCGGGCUGUGCUGCCGUUACCCGCCACUGUGGAGGUGAAGGAGACACCUCAUGAGGCUGAGAUGUUGUUCACAGCACGUUGCCAACCAGCUGUGACUUUCCAGGCAAAUGGAGACUUCUGGCGGGAACAGAAGGAGAAGCGAGCAGCCAUGAUGGUGGGGAUUCUGAUUGGAGUGUUUGUGCUAUGCUGGAUCCCCUUCUUUGUGACUGAGCUCAUUAGUCCCCUCUGCGCUUGCAGCCUACCCCCCAUCUGGAAAAGUGUAUUUCUGUGGCUUGGCUACUCCAAUUCUUUCUUUAACCCUCUGAUUUACACAGCUUUUAAUAAGAACUACAAUGAUGCCUUCAAAAGCCUCUUUACCAGGCAGAGAUGAAAGGGGCUGAAGACACAUAUAGGCAGAGUUGUGAGGAGGAAAUGAACUUGUAUCUAUCACCUUCAGUGAUAUAGGAGCCUUCCUUCCAUAUUUAAGUACUAAUGAUGUUUUCAAAGUCAUGCUGUUAAGCCUGGAAUAUGGAAGCUGUGCCAUACACUUGCUGUCCCAUGAAGGAUAGCAAAAGUAUGAGAAACAUGUAACUAUGCCUUCUUCCUAUAUAGAGAGAAGGGAUUGCCAAUGGAUCAUCGUAUAUUUCCCUGUAAGAAGAAACUCCCCCAUAGAAUCCUUUCAGCACAACACUUGAGGUUGUUACUGCUACAUUUAGCAUUGACACAAGGGUCAAAGCUGACUUCCUUUCCUUUGUCUAAUGUGCUGUUCCCUCUGUGAAGGUCUCUCAGCCUGCUCAAAAGACCCUCUCCUUUGUGAAAGACCUCCUAUUCGCUGGUCUCAACUUACUUUCCUCAGCCACUUACACUCCCCCCAAAGCAAUAAAGCAAUACCUCUCUUCAUGAAUACUUCUGUUUGCAGAACAAUUUGGUUCGCAAACAAAAGUAUUCAGCAAAAUCUUGUUUUCAUUUGUAAACUCCGCACCAGGUCACAAUCAUGAUCCUGGCCAUCUUCCUCACAAAAACACAAACACAGCCCUCUUCCCCACAUCAAAAAACAAUCCAAGGCACCACUGUAUAUUCCAAUUUGCAGGAAGAUAAGGAUCAUGCUUAGUUAACAAACAAACCUCAGUCUUCCUCACACCUACCAAAUCAGACUCUCAAAGAAGUGGUCUGUUGAUCUAUAUAUUACAUUCUAUGAUUUUUUUUUUUAAUCAGUGAGAUGAUGCUGAAUACUUAAUACUCUUUAAACAGGGUAAGCUAGCAUUCCCGGUGGAUGACCUGGCAACAGCACCAUUAAAAUCUUACCAAUGAUUCCAAUGUAUAGGCAGAGUUGUGAACCGCUAGUUUGGUCUUUGCUGUUUCUUCACCACAUGGGAGAUGAGACAUACGAAUUUUUCCCAUUACUUCACCAUAAUGACUUGUAUGUGUAAUAAAAAUGCUUUUGAGGCAUCCUUGUGAAAGCUCUGAAUCAUUUUUAUUUAUGGUGUAAACACUAAGUUGGGGAAAACAAUGCCUGUUGUAGAACUCAAAACCACUACCAACAAAACCUGUAGGCUGU